AUGGACACUGUUGCGGAAACUGAAGAAGAAAGUAAGAUUUUUUCCUCAAUUCGACCAUAAUUUGUUACCUAAAAAUCUUAACACAACUUUGUUUAGAAUGUUAUUUUCAAUAUGAUGAAAAGACACCAACGGCGAUUAACCGGUAUCGGAUUCAAAGCGACAUUGUCGCCGAUUGUAUAAUCCAAAGUCGCUCUGAAGGAAUUGGAAGAUAUGAGAUCGGGAAAAGAUUGGGAUUGAAUACUAGGACAAAGGCGGGAAAUAGACGGGUAUCACAGUCUAUUCAAUUUGUCGUCAAGAAUUACCCUGAACAGAUUGGCCAAUAUCAGAAGAUGGAAGGGAAAUUUAGGAUGUUAAAGUAAAGCCUUAGAUAUUAUCUUUUUAUAUUGUUUUAGGUAUUACUAUAAAAGCGAAGGUUCAGCGCCUACCGCAUUAGCUCAAUUGUUUAAGAAAGCAGAAAGCAUCGCCGGAAAACCCUUCCCAUUCAAGACAGGAGAGAUUAUAAAGUUUCCGGAAACCAACUUGAGUAAGCGUUCCACGGAUACCAGUAUACACCUGUUUAGAUACGCUACGCAUAAGUGAUGUGACUGUGCAGAGAAUGAUUAUUAUAUUGGAAUUGAUUCGAGAUGAAGGUUUGAUUGUUACUAUUAGCAGGUUGUGCAAACAUAUUGCUGCCAAAGAAGCCGAGAGUGGAUAUAAAUUCGUUGUAAGUAAAAUUUUUGUUUGUUUCAGUGCUGUUUAGGUCGACAAAAAGUCUGUUGUUAAAUGUCUCUACGCACUUGAGCGGAAGCAGUUGUGCAAUAUAUUAACCAUGGAAGAUGUCUACGAAGAUGAUAUGACAGUGAAUGUUGAAAACGAGUUAAUUGCGAGAGCACACACAAUCCAGAUAGUAGUACCUGUGGAUAUUACUUCAGUCGAAGAUGAGAGAGUGAAAGAAGGUGUAAAUAAGACGAUCGCGGAGUUCCAUUCGGAAGGUCGGGUCUUUCCAACUGGCCAUCUGAGAUUUUCGAAGAAAUCGGACCCGGGAACUGUCAAGCCCAAACUCUCACAGGUCGACGUAUCUAAUGUCGACUUUCAUAAUCUCGAGAUACCUCAACGGGCAGCACUUUUAAGAUAUAAUUUUGAAGCAUCGAAGAAAACAAAAGUGGGUGUUUUUUUUAUUUUUAUUAAAUUUACAGGAUUCUGAAAGUGACUGUCAUUAUGACCCAAAUGUUUCUUAUGGAUAUCAAGCCAAGAUGACAAGGUGUAGUAUAAUGCAUGAAUUUAUUUAUCAUGUCAUUCACGAAGUAGAAGAAACCCCUGAGAUUCCUUGUUUUUAUCACCGUUUCCCUCCGGGAAAACCAUUGCCGGUUAACGCGAAUGGACCGACCCCUUUGGAUAAGCUCCCUGUGGUGGAUGAUUCCUCGGACUCGCCUUACAGAUAUGUUGUGGGGAUUCCACCGUUCAAAAACAUUCAAAGAGGAUGGUUUAUGCUGAGGGAUAUUGUUCUUGGGAUGCCCCUGUCCCUUUUUUGUAUGGUGAUUAACGUCAGAGAAAAAGUUGCUGGAUUGGAGGAGUAUCUCAGCGACCCCGUUAAAAGGCACCUUCCUUUGGCUGAUCUCCCCGCUGAUCUUAGAAGAGUUCUGUUUACUAAAAAAGCAUGUUCCUUAGCUGAGCAUAUCUGUCUCACUCUAUGUGCCUUGGGUCAUAUGAGGGUAGCCCCAUCUUUCGACAAUGGACGGACAAUGAUCGGGCCUACGUCACUAUUUUUCUGUGGAAAGAAGACAUAUAUAUAUGAUACUAGUACCUCUGAACGGGGCUAUUCUUCGGUCACUCUUCCUAUUGACAGGUAUAAGAAGUACGACUACGAAUUCAAAUCGUCCGAUGUAAGACCAUAGGUGAUGUUUAGUUUAUUUUUAGGACGUUUAUCGAUAUUGGAAUCACUUGAAAGCCAUUUCACUCUCCACUCCCUUGAAUGUAAGGAAUCCAGGACAAAAAGAGCCGGCCGAUCCGACUAAUUCUUGCAAGAAAUGGACACUGGGUUGCAUUGACCGCAAUUUAUUUGCAAUUGAUCCUCGGACCAACAUCGAUAUCAUCCAUCCGUUUGGUCAGAAAGAGGGAUGUGCUGGAAUGGAUGUCAAUCUGUACAUGUAAGUGUCAUCUCGUUUGGUAACAUAUCACUUCUUUAGUCAUCUCAUCCGUCAUUGGGAAUGGAGGUCUCCGAAGAACGGGGAAUUCGUUGAUUGGUUUAUUAAAAGGGCUCAAAAUCAAGCAACACAACUGACCAAUUACGUUGAAGAGAGGGUUGAGCGCCUGGAAAAGAACUGGAAUUCGGCUGUGUCAUCUCUGUUACCUAAUGACUCGAUACUGUUUAAGCAGAAGAAGGAUGCGCCUAUUCUCUCACAAAAGGCCAUCGAUGCAAUGUCUGGCGGAUUUCGGCGUCAUUAUUCUGUUAGGCGGUCGUUAACGGCGUCCACGGAUAUGAAGCGAAGAAGUAAAAAACCUCGAGUGGUCCCUGCUCCCACUAAAUUACCAGCCACAAAUGGAAAUCUCUCGGUAGAAAAUAAACCUGAAAAUGGAGUAAAAACACCAAAAUCAAUGUUAACAGAGAAAGGGACACGGAAAAGGACAUUAGAUCAGACAGAUCUAGAGAGCAAGGAGAAGAACAUGUUCAUUCGAAGUCGGUUUACAACAAGAGAAUAUGAUAUGGUAGGGAGUGUCAAAAGAAAUGUAAUAGUUUCAUUCAGCUGGUAUUGAUUCGAGGAGUCAGCUUCUUUUUGAAUCCCAUUCACAGGUUUUGGUUGAAUCCGACGGUAAUGAGAGAUGUAAUGCACGAAUAUCUGCCGGUAAGUUAUAGACUUCUUAUUUUCUAGACGUUUGCAGGAGAGUAGAUGCAAGACGGUACCCUGUUUAAUGGCUGCGGGUGCUCGUGAAAUGGUGCGGCCGGGGAGAAUGGCUCAGCUUCAAUACAUCGUGAAGACUUUGGCGUCGUAUCCUGUGAGUUGAUAUUUCAUUUGUUAUGUCGGUUGAGUUCUUUUUAAACUUUAUAUUGAUUGCUUGCAGAGUAUGAUUGAGCUUCGGAGUAAAUGGAUGGAGAUUGUAUUCACAGACGAGAAAGCGAAGAAUGAUUAUUUCUUGAAUGCCUUUAGAAAAGCCCAUGAAUUCAUCUUCAGUGAGACCAAUACAAUUCCUCCCAUCGACACUACGGAUUCGGAAUUUGACAACUUCAUGAAAGAGAAGAAGUUGUCAGUAGUCAUCUCAGGGAAUGCCGCAUCUGCUCAUGUUUAUCCAAGAAGAUCAAAACCAUGCCAAACAGUGGAUGACAUCCAUCAUUGUGUCGCCUUUAAUGUGGUGAUGUCAUCUUUGAUUGGUAAUUCCAAAGAGAGUGAUCCCAAUGAAAAGGGUCUCAGCUUUGAGAACCUGGUUAACUCAGUCUCCGCGAAGUCCGUAACAGAGGUGCUGGAGACAGGAAGAGCGGAUGGCCUGAUCACUCGCAUGAGGAACGUGGAACAGACCUCCAUGAUGAUGAGAAACCACUCAACCUUUAGCAUUUUGUAAAAACUCGUCAUGUUUAUUAUUAAUUGCCUAUUAUUUGUAGUUAUCGUCAUUUCUUCAAUCAUAACUACCGAAAUGAUCUGGUGGAUCUGGUCCAAGCAGGGCUCAAGGAUAACUAUUUUGGAGAUGGCCAGGAUGAAAACCCGGCUUGUGUCUUACAAUUGGUUAGCCAAUUAUACUCUGAUGAUUAUCAAAUCGGCCUGAUAACUCCACGUAAUGUUGAUGAGCUGAUUGGGCAAAAUGAUCAGACUGAAGGAAAGGUGGGGGACAAAGCGCAAGAUUUUAUCUGUUGUGCCUUCUAGCCAGUGACUAAACAACUAAGGAAACUUGAGAAUGCAACUCUCCAUUUGGAUGAGAUCAAAGUGAAUGUUGAUGGAUACAGUGAGGAAUGGAAGAGGACCCCUUCACGAGAGGAGAUUGCCAAAAUAGUUGGACCAACUUAUCCGGUAGAAUCAGAAAAGAUGAAGUUAGAAAGACAAGCUAAAAGUCCUGCCAGCAAGGUCAAAGUGAAAGGAGUAACAGCCGACAAGGUUAAGAAGAUUGUGGACCUGAUUAGGAGAUCCGAAUACUGUGGAGUGGCAACGGAAGAAAUUGCGGUUAGUAAUAUUUUAAGAGACGUUUUCCUUGACUUUAAUAAUUAAUGAAGUGUUUAGAAAAAACUAGGAAUCCCAGAAAUUAAUAUCCUGGAAGUCCUAAAACAACUUACCAAGCAUAAUGAAGUGUUUCCAUGUGGCAUUGAUACAAGAAGGUGGGUAAUGGAGGAGUUCACUUCACCAUGGAUGAUGUCUACAAAGUCAGAUCGCUUCUUUAUCCGUCCCUGGAGCCUGCCCGAUGGAAAUGUAAAUUGGCCAGUACUUCGAUGGAUGUCUGAGGGGGUUUUGAUGACCAUAUUAUAUAAACCGGGGUUGUGUCUGGAGGAAAUGAAGGGCACGUAUUCUUAUGUGUUACAGCCCGUAUUAUUGUUGGAGAUAAUAGAGAUGCUGGAACAUCUCGGUGUGGUUAAAUUAGAGAAGAAAGUUGUCCCCACCAUCAAGAAGAAGUCGCCGUUUAUAAGUAAGUUUAGAAGCGAUAGUUAUCAUACGACGGCAUUCCCAGGCUUGACUAAACCGGCCUAUAGCGUUUCUUAUGCACUGUGGCGUAACAGCCAAAAAACGUUAUAAGCCGGUUUAGUCAAGUCCGAAAUGUCGGGGUGCCUUAAUUAUAAUUUAUUGCUUUGAUUAUUUUGCGUUGGAUAAUACGCAAAAAUAAAUUUCAUUUAGAUGAGACGGUUGCCCAAACCUCGACUCAUGUGCUUCCCACAAUUUAUGGGAUCGAGCGAUUCGCCGCUUUCUUCGUCGAUGUGCCUUCUGCAUCUCAGUUCUUUAAAAAAUAUGAUUCUAACUUCCAUUCCAAGAAAUAA